CUUCAAGAACGAUGUUGCGCUAUGCCACCACCGCCGCCCGCCGACAACUAACACGGGCUCUGGCGACGUCGCCGCAGCCCCUGCAACGCGAUCCCCUCUCGAUACUCAAGACGAUCGCAGACGCAGUGCCUUCGUCGUUAAUGAAGAUGACGUCCGCAGAUUGGCUGCUACGGCUUACCGUUCUGGCACGACACAACUCGAGCCGACCGUCUGAAUCGUCCCCGUCAGCAACGAAAAAUGCAACGGAAUCCUCGCUGAUGCUGAACAAUGCACAGUUUCUGAGAGAAUUGCAGUACUACGUGCGUGUGUGCGAUGCCAUCUACGCGUCGAGUCAAGACCGGUUCAUGCGAGAGAGCUUGUUGGCCCAGGGCAAUGUAACCAUCGUCCAGUCCCAUCAAGGUGGGGUAUUUGCGCCAAAGUACUACGUGUACGUAGACCACGACAGGCGGACCAUUGUCCUUGUCAUCCGGGGCAGCGCCAGCAUCCAGGACUUCGUCACGGACAUGUGCAUGCACCACGAGCCAUUCUUGACGGGAUACGGUCACCGUGGCAUUGUGCAUGCCGCCAAUUGGAUGGACUGGAAGCUCCGCGACGACAUGCUGAAGCUAGCGGCGGAGUAUCGAACGUACAAUAUCCGCCUCACUGGCCACAGCCUUGGCGCGGGGACCGCCGCGCUGUUGGCGCAUUUGUGGUCGUCAGUCAUACCUCGAAUGCACUGCAUUGCGUUUGCCCCUCCCGCGUGCUUGACCCUCGAUUUGGCCCAGGCGUGCGAGUCGCAUGUGACGAGCGUGAUCCUUGGCGACGACUGUGUUCCACGAUUGAGCGGCGCCAACCUCGUGACCUUGCUUGAUGAGGUCGAGCAGUUUGAAGUGUCGACAGCGUUGAAAGCGAUGGUGGCGGAGGAACUCCAAGCCAAAGCCAAGCAAACACAAGACAGCGCGGGCGUCAGGCAGCUGCGACAGGCAAUCGAUCGCGUUGAAUCGUUGAAAAAGACAGCGUCCGAGAACCUGGCGACGAAAAUUUCAGCGAUCACUCCGCCAUCCGUCAAUACGCUGUCGUGGCUCGAAGACAAGCCGUUUGCAACGGAACUCAAGCAGCUCUGGAAACAACUCGACCAACGAAAGGAAUCGCAAACGACGGACAAGCGCUGGGUACAAGACAAACCGUUCGCAGCCGAACUCAAGGCUCUAUGGGAGCAAGUUGACACGCAUCUGGGGCGUACGGAGCAAUUUCUCUCUCUCGAUCCUAGACAAUUGCCUGUUAUAUCGGCAUGGCCGUUCAAGUUGAGCGACCAAAAUCAUGUCGAAUGGCGCAAACGCAUGGACUUUAUCGCGUCCAUGCCAAGCCACGCAUCGUCCAAGCAACUGAUAUCGUUGUGGGGAAAUCUUGACGUCACCGUGAUCGCAAUGGAAGGGCUCGUUCGUUUCGUCAACGACCCCGACCGCAAGAAGCAACUCGUUUCGCAAAUUGAAGGGCUGUUGCGGCAGAUUUCAACGACGCGAUCUGCUUUUUCCAGCCGUACGAUACAAGCGAACGCGCCUUUGGAACAAUGCCGUUGACACCCACACGUCGUAGUGGCACCGCUGUUGGACCCCAUGUCAAAUCGUUUCUACGAGCUCUUGAUCGCGACCAAGCAUACCGUCCAGCAAACCAACUGGGUCCUUCCCAUGUCCAGCAAGUACCUGUCUUUUUUUUUCAGCCGGCAAGCCCCAUAUUGCUUCUUGCGUAGUUUCAAGGCGGAAGCGAGCCCACGCGCCGACCUCUCGACAAAACCAGCCCGUCCGUCGUCGCAGCUGCUGCAAAACAAAAUUCUGUCCAUGGUCGAUAGCAUUUGCGCCGACCUGCGCCGUGAAACAGACUCAAUCAUCCAACUCGGCAAAUCGACAAUGUGCGUGGAGCACGUCCUGUUCGGACUCAUUUUGAUCCAGGACGAACGGCGACGCGAACACGGCACUGGACGACAUUCCACAGGAUCUGCUCGGCAUGGAACCAGUUUUCCCCCCAGGAAAAGUCAUCGUCGUCGACUCGUCGGGAAAUCCACCCGCGCUGACGCAUGUGCCGGACGUUGGCACGUAUUUCAACCGCAUUGUUGUGUCAAACGACAUGAUCAUGGACCAUUUGAGUUCGACGUACGACGAAGUCAUUGGGACGAUGUUGGAAACACUCGACAGACCUCCUCAAGAAGGAUAGCGUCGCAUAAUAUAACGGCGACGUCGGCCUGUGUUUAUGAUGAAGCCGAUUGUCGUAGAAUCUGAC